AUGUCAGAUGUACCAUGGGAAAGCGAAGAGAAACGAAACUACAUUUGUAUGCAGAAUAUUAUCGUUGAUGUUGUCAGUGAAGGAUUGAGGAAAUUUUUUAAAAACGAAUGGAAUACUCGUUAUCAGGCAAGUUUCGGAGCAUGGGAUGACACCAACGUAAGUGGACUGCAGUUGUUUCACCUGGAAAAGGCACGAUCAAGACCAAACAAGAACAUGUACCAGGCAAAAUUUCAACAUGGAGAUACAAAUCAAUGGGACUGCACUGUGCUUUUUGACGCAAUUCUGUACUCAAACGCGAUUGGUAAAUCAAGCCUUAAACCAACAAUUAAGACUGAAGUGGACAAUAUUCGAAAUAUGCGAAAUAAAAUUAUGCAUGCUGAAGAAACAACCCUAUCUGAUGCUGACUUGCAAACCAUGAUCAGUGAUCUCGAAAAGGCAUUUAAAGCCCUCAGUAUUCCAAUUAAUGAUAUCACGCAAAUGAAAAUGAAGAGAAACCUUUACAAAUCAUUUAAAGUUUUACCUUCAAAGCCAACCCACGAAGUUGUUUACCGUUCUGAGAAGGUUAAGGAAAUACAACAAGAACUGCAGACGUUACGCAUUGAUAGCGACAGCAAACUUACGUAUUUCUAUAUUUCCGGAAAUCCCGGAAGUGGAAAAUCGCAGCUAUCCCGGCAACUGGGAGAGGAUUUGUUCAAAGACGUAAAUUUUGAAACACAGACAACAUUUGUAAUGACUCUGCACGCAAAAGAUUUAAACACUCUCCUUCAUUCGUAUGAAGAUUUUUGCCGACGUCUAAAUUGUUCUGAGAGUGUAUUGAGAAAUGUAAUGAAUUCGUCCAAAACAAACAAAGAAAAGAUCGAAGAUUUAAGAUCACUGAUUGAAAGCAGAAUCAGAAACUGGAAAAGAUGGUGGAUUAUAGUAGACAAUGUGGACAAUCUCGAGGAUAUUUCACCCUUACUACCUCAAAUGGGCGACGAGGUUUGGAGUAAUGGUCAAAUUAUAUUAACAAUUCAGAAUACAAAUGCAGUCCCUUCUGACAGUCUGUUAACUAGGCAUAUUUCACUCAGUCGUGGCAUGAAUUACCAAGAAUGUCGUCAGUUACUUUCCAUAUUAUCAGAAACUGAUGUUAAUGAUCCAUUGUUUGAUGAAGUUGCUGACAAAUUAGAUCACCAACCUUUGGCUAUGGCCGCAGCAGCUGUAUACUUCAGGAAAGUCAUUGAGACAAAUUGUUGUCCAAAAUUUUCGUGGCAAGAUUAUUUAGAGAAGUUAAAAAGUAAAAGAAUAUGCACAGAAGAACAUCUUUACCAAACCAGUAAAGCUUAUCCAUCCACCAUGACUGCGGCAGUGUCCCUAGCUGUUGAAAAAUCAGUGGAAAACAAUUUCAUUUUAAAUCACACGUUCAAUCUUUUUUCCCUGAUCUCUUUUGAACCGUUGCCUGUUGAUAUUAUUGUCAAAUACAUUCAGCAACUUGAUGAAAACUGUGAUAAAGAGGUAAUUUAUUUGGCCUUGAAAGGUUGUUCGCUUUUUCUUCUUACUGAAACUGAAGAUUGCGAUGUCUGGCAGCAUCGUGUUGUCCAUGAAGCAACUAAAUCGCUAAGUGAUUGCAAAAGACCGCAAACUACAAACAAUUCUCAGAGUAGCAUUCCAAAUAAAACAACGAAAGUCGACGCUUUAACUGAAGUUAAAAAUGUUUUAAACGCACUUUAUCUUUUCGAAGACAGGGAUGAUAAAAUCAAAAUGAUUCCACAUUUGAAGGCAUUUAAUACGGCAAUUCAAAAACUAUUUCCGGAAAAAGACUCGUUAUAUUUAAUUAGCUCAAGCUUUACAAAACCUGAAAUAUUUAGGAUAUAUCUUCUCUUUGGGAAAACUUUAGCCAACAACUGCGAAUAUAAACUCGCUGUCGAAUUUCAUGAAACAAAUGUUGAGAUCUCGCAAGAUUCAAAAAGCGACAGGGCUUGUCUAUUUAACGAACUUGGUAAUUUAUACGGACGACUGGCCGAAUUCGAUAUGGCCCUGGUUUAUCACCAGCAGGCACUGGAAAUUCAAGAGGAACAACUUGGAACAAACCAUGUUGAUGUUGCACUUACUUAUAACAACAUUGCCCAAGUGUACAAUAAAAAAUGGGAUCUGGACCAGGCUAAUGAUUAUUACCAACGAGCACUGGAAAUUCAAGAGAAACAACUUGGUCCAAACCAUGUUGAUAUGGCACGCACUUAUAGGAACAUUGGUGUAGUGUACAGUAAAAAAGGGAACCAGGACCAGGCUAAUGAUUAUUUCCAACGAGCACUGGAGAUUCAAGAGAAACAACUUGGUCCAAGCCAUGUUGAUGUUGCACUUACUUAUAACAAUAUUGGGCUAGUGUAUUAUCAUAAAGGUGACCUGGACCAGGCUAAGGAUUAUUACCAACGAGUACUGGAAAUUAAAGAGAAACAACUGGGUCCAAACCAUGUUGAUGUUGCAAAUACGUAUAACAACAUUGGAGUAGUGUACAGGAAAAAAGGGGACCUGGACCAGGCUAAUGAUUAUUUCCAACGAGCACUGGAAAUUGAAGAGAAACAACUUGGUCCAAACCAUGUUGAUGUGGCACUUACGUAUAGCAACAUUGGCCUGGUGUAUUGUGAUAAAGGGAACCUGGACCAGGCUAAUGAUUAUUACCAACGAGCACUGGAAAUUCAAGAGAAACAACUUGGUCCAAACCAUGUUGAUAUAGCACGCACUUAUAUGAACAUUGGGGUAGUGUACAGUAAAAAAGGGGACCUGGACAAGGCUAAGGAUUAUUACCAACGAGCACUGGAAAUUAAAGAGAAACAACUUGGUUCAAACCAUGUUGAUGUUGCAAGUACUUAUGACAACAUUGGGGUAGUGUAUUUUAAUAAAGGUGAGCUGGACCGGGCUAAUGAUUAUUUCCAACGAGCACUGGAAAUUAAAGAGAAACAACUUGGUCCAAACCAUGUUGAUGUUGCACUUACUUAUAACAACAUUGGGCUAGUGCACACUAAAAAAGGGGACCUGGACCAGGCUAAGGAUUAUUACCAACGAGCACUGGAAAUUCAAGAGAAACAACUUGGUUCAAACCAUGUUGAUGUUGCAAGUACUUAUGACAACAUUGGGGUAGUGUACAGUGAAAAAGGGGACCUGGACAAGGCUAAGGAUUGUUACCAACGAGCACUGGAAAUUCAAGAGAAACAACUUGGUUCAAACCAUGUUGAUGUUGCACGUACUUAUAACAACAUUGGCGUAAUGUACAGUAAAAAACGGGACCUGGACCAGGCUAAGGAUUAUUACCAACGAGCACUGGAAAUUAGAGAGAAACAACUUGGUCCAAACCAUGUUGAUGUUGCACUUACUUAUAACAACAUUGGGCUAGUGCACACUAAAAAAGGGGACCUGGACCAGGCUAAGGAUUAUUACCAACGAGCACUGGAAAUUCAAGUGAAACAACUUGGUUCAAACCAUGUUGAUGUUGCAAGUACUUAUGACAACAUUGGGGUAGUGUACAGUGAAAAAGGGGACCUGGACAAGGCUAAGGAUUAUUACCAACGAGCACUGGAAAUUCAAGAGAAACAACUUGGUUCAAACCAUGUUGAUGUUGCACGCACUUAUAACAACAUUGGCGUAAUGUACAGUAAAAAAACGGGACCUGGACCAGGCUAAGGAUUAUUACCAACGAGCACUGGAAAUUAGAGAGAAACAACUUGGUCCAAACCAUGUUGAUGUUGCACUUACUUAUAACAACAUUGGAGUAGUGUACAGGAAAAAAGGGGACCUGGACCAGGCUAAUGAUUAUUUCCAAACAGCACUGGAAAUUGAAGAGAAACAACUUGGUCCAAACCAUGUUGAUGUGGCACUUACGUAUAGCAACAUUGGCCUGGUGUAUUGUGAUAAAGGGAACCUGGACCAGGCUAAUGAUUAUUACCAACGAGCACUGGAAAUUCAAGAGAAAGAACUUGGUCCAAACCAUGUUGAUAUAGCACGCACUUAUAUGAACAUUGGGGUAGUGCACAGUAAAAAAGGGGACCUGGACAAGGCUAAGGAGUAUUACCAACGAGCACUGGAAAUUAAAGAGAAACAACUUGGUUCAAACCAUGUUGAUGUUGCAAGUACUUAUGACAACAUUGGGGUAGUGUAUUUUGAUAAAGGUGAGCUGGACCGGGCUAAUGAUUAUUUCCAACGAGCACUGGAAAUUAAAGAGAAACAACUUGGUCCAAACCAUGUUGAUGUUGCACUUACUUAUAACAACAUUGGGCUAGUGCACACUAAAAAAGGGGCCCAGGCUAAGGAUUAUUACCAACGAGCACUGGAAAUUCAAGAGAAACAACUUGGUUCAAACCAUGUUGAUGUUGCAAGUACUUAUGACAACAUUGGGGUAGUGUACAGUGAAAAAGGGGACCUGGACAAGGCUAAGGAUUAUUACCAACGAGCACUGGAAAUUCAAGAGAAACAACUUGGUUCAAACCAUGUUGAUGUUGCACGUACUUAUAACAACAUUGGCGUAAUGUACAGUAAAAAACGGGACCUGGACCAGGCUAAGGAUUAUUACCAACGAGCACUGGAAAUUAGAGAGAAACAACUUGGUUCAAACCAUGUUGAUGUUGCAAGUACUUAUAACAACAUUGGGCUAGUGUAUUUUGAUAAAGGUGACCUGGAUCAGGCUAAGGAGUAUUACCAACGAGCACUGGAAAUUCAAGUGAAACAACUUGGUUCAAACCAUGUUGAUGUUGCAAGUACUUUUGACAACAUUGGGGUAGUGUACAGUGAAAAAGGGGACUUGGACAAGGCUAAGAAUUAUUACCAACGAGCACUGGAAAUUCAAGAGAAACAACUUGGUUCAAACCAUGUUGAUGUUGCACGUACUUAUAACAACAUUGGCGUAAUGUACUGUAAAAAACGGGACCUGGACCAGGCUAAGGAUAAUAUAUUACCAACGAGCACUGGAAAUUAGAGAGAAACAACUUGGUUCAAACCAUGUUGAUGUUGCAAGUACUUAUAACGACAUUGGGCUAGUGUAUUUUGAUAAAGGUGACCUGGAUCAGGCUAAGGAUUAUUACCAACGAGCACUGGAAAUUGAAGAGAAACAACUUGGUCCAAACCAUGUUGAUGUUGUACUUACUUAUAACAACAUUGGGCAAGUGUACA